GGCCACUGUUAAAGCAUUGGUAUUUUAGGCAUUUCUCCAAAAUUGUACACCAUGGGUCUAAUGGAAAAACUGUCUUCAUGGCUCGGAGGCCCAGCGGCGGGCAGGGAGAUCACGAUCCUGGUGCUAGGUUUGGACCACAGCGGGAAGACGUCCCUCCUUAACGCCUUGCGUCCACCUGACCGGAAAGUCACCUCGGAGCCAACGCUCGCUACCCGACAAGACAACUUCACGUUUGGCGGAAUUUCUGUGGUGGCUGUGGAAGCGGGUGGGGCUCGGCGAGUGCGGGCACUUUGGGAGCGCCAGUACGCAGCGGCGAGCGGAGUUCUGUGGGUGGCGGAUGCGGCUGACGCUCUGCGACUUGCGGUCGCCCGCGACGAGAUGCAGCUCAUGCUGGAGCACCCGGCUAUGCGCGCCCGACGACUGCCGCUGCUGGUCUGUGCCAACAAGGCUGACCUGCCGCACGCCUUGCCACCCGCCCAGGUUGCCGCCGCGCUGGGUCUGGAACGCGUGACUGAUAAGCCGUGGCACGUGUGCGCCACGAGCGCGGUGUCCGGCGCGGGCCUGACCGACGGCCUCGCCUGGCUGACCCGCCAACUCAGAGACCUCCACACCGACAACUGAAACAUGCUGUCUUAGUCAUCACUCUGAGAAAAAAGUCUCCUUUAAGCAAUACAUUGAGAAGUCAUAAUUUAUUUUACUUAAAGUGAAAGGUUUUAUAUAAUAAGGUGUAUCUAAAUAGUUUAAAUAGUUUUCUAGUCUGUUCUAUUAUAUUCGUCAUUGUUAUUAGAUUUUUAGCUUAUU